AUGCCGCCACACCGCCGCCCCUUGCUUUUCCACUUCUUCUUCCAACUUCCCUCCGCAUUGUCGUCGCACAUACCCAACACCACCCUCACAAAACCUGUGAUCAAACCAAGUCCUUUUCCACCGCUGCUUCUCAUCAUCAGACCCUACGAAACGGAUUUUUGGCUCGGUUCUAUGUGUAGAUCUCAUGAGUCUAUUCCAGUUUCCGUCUCCCGUCCCCUGUCUCCCUUCUCUCACACAAAGUCCGCGGGAAGGAAACUGGCUGGAAGGGCCAUGUGCCGGCUUGGCGAUGGCUGGGAUGAAGAAUUCCGUGUCACCAUUUGCCGUCGGCCGAGUAGCCGCAGGACCCGCCAACAUAAGUCGCUAGAUCGUGCCAAGGGUGGCAUCGCUUCCGUCAUCCGAAGAAACGUCCUCUCUUCCAUGCUCUACGCGUCCCCUCACGACCCCUACGAUAUCGAGACUCUGAUACGCAUCGGAUCACUCGUUCACGACUCUUCCGAGCGCAAAUCGUACCUUAAUUCGCACUUGGCAAUGGCCCAAACGCCUCAUGCCUUGCUGAAGAGUUCAGACGUCGACGUACAGCACUCUUGGCUCCGAGUAUCUUGGCUUCUGCUCUCGUCGACGUAUAAGCCACCCGUCCCGCCGCGAACAUCACAUAUUCUUCUUUCUUCUCCAUCCACACGCAUUCAAGUCUCUUCAUCCAGUCCGAUCUCACUCAUUCCCUUCAUUCAUUCUCUUCAGAGGUGGGUCUCAUCUCAAGGCCAGAUGAACAGAAUACCAUACUAA